UAUAUACUUCAUGGAAGGCAGCCACAAAAUGUACACCUACUACACUUAGAAGAGGCGUACACGACAUACAUACAUAGGCAUACAUAACGUAAAGUAUACCCCUGGUGAGACAUGCAACAUUUGUGGCUGCCUUCCCUGAAGUAUAUACCGAUCAAUGGCCUUCACAAAGUAUUACACCAAUCCGGCUAAUUCCAGAGGAAGAAGUACGCAAGAAUCUUUCUUGUUUCAACCCAAGUGUAAUUUUUUCUACCAGCCAGUCCUACCAGCCGACAUCUCUUGAGACUUCUAUGAGCUUGGCUUGUUCUUACAAACAGCUGUUCUCGUGGACUCUAAGCGGCUUAUCUGAACGUACGUGAGUUAAUAAUGUACUUCAGUAUCCAGUGUAAGGCUGGCUGUAAAGGAACAGAACGAGGUACAGCUUGCACAGCCUGCGUGGGGGUGCACAUAUGAAAUCUUCAUCAUAUUUGACUGAUUCUGUGAGCCUGGUCGAACUGAAGCACUGGAAAACACAAGGCUACCAUCCAAACCCAUGCCUGCACCACUGGUUAUGGUAUUCUAAAAAGCUGUUAAAAGAGAUAGAUGCAGGGUGGGCCAAAUGAGAGUAGCAUAGAGAAUCCUGUGCAAUUCAAGCAUUUGUAUUUAAUAUGGCCCAGACUGAUGUAACACCACGCCGACUAAUUCCAGAGGAAGAGGUGUAUCGCCAGGUGUUUGAUGCGGAGGUAAGCCUAGUAGAAGCAUUGGAAAGUGAAAGGCUACCAUCCAAACCCAGGUCUGCACCGCUGUUACCACUGGUCAGGGAAUCUAGAGCCGUGACUGGUCAUGGUAUUCUGACAAGCCGGCAAAAACGAUGGAUGCAGGGCCGGCCUAAUGAGAGUAGUAUAGAGAAUCCUGUGCAUUUCAAAUAUACAGCUCUUGAUGCUAUUCAGAAUACUUCCAAACGAGAUAGCUUUUUUGAUGCUCUUGAAGUCAGAGGGCUUCCAGAUACACCAAAAACAGUUCAAAAGAAGACAAAUAUUAUUGAAAGACUAGAGGCAAGCAGAAAGGAAAGACAUGAAUCAUAUUUGGAAGAUAUGUAUCAAGAGUUUGGAGUCAUCAAUGCUGAACUGGAACCACGCAUCCUUGAAUCAUGUGAGAAUUUGAAAGAGCAUUUGCUUGAAAAUGAUACAGAAAUUGAGCAGCUGCUGCAAACAAUAAAAAGUGACGAUGACCUCUUGCUUCACAACAUGUCUGACCUGGGAGAACUGUGGGAUUCCAUUUCUGAACAUUCCGUUUGUCGUCAAACAUGGAUUAAAGAGUUAGAUGCCAUUCUCGAACAGGUGGAGAACGACAGGGGUAAUUUGAUCCGCGAGACCCUUAAAAGUUAUAACAAAGUUCUUGAGCGAGUGGCGCACUUGAUGCCCCCUGAUGUACACAGGUUACUGGAGAGAGAAGCUCAACGUGUUAACUCUACUAUUCUGAUGAACAGGAGAGCAUAUGCUGACCUCACUUCUCAUUUACUGAGUGCUGAUGUCGAACGUGAGAGGCAGUGUUACAUUUCUUGGCAGAGACGGGUGGAAGACUGGAGGCAACUGAAAUGUAAAGUCGCCGUACAGAGAUUUAACGAGUUCAUGCAGAGCCCAGCAAUUAAAGGUCCGCCAGAACUUAAAAGGAAGAUGCAGUUUUUCACUACAGAACAAAAGACACUAAACAAGAAGCGAUUGGAUCUCCUGGAAUCGCUAAGGAAUAUGAGGCCUCCUAAUUCCACUAAAUCUGCUGUUUAUCAAUGGAACGCUGGAUUGACAGACAUAUGCCGUCAACUUGAGGAAGUCCAUGCCAGAUACAAAGACAUUAUACAAAGCGAGUAUGAUAAGGUUAUUGACCACUGCAUGGACGAAGUCAACCGUGUCAAGGAACAGUUUCUAUCAGGAGGAAUUCUUGACGCAGUUAGAACAGAAGAGGUGAUGAAUGAAUCAUUUCUGCCACUCGUUGGUGAAAAGCAAACUAAAUUUGAACACGAGAUUGACAAAAUGGAGCGCUCUUUGGAAAACUUGAGCAAUUUUCACGUCAUGAUGAUCAAAUCUCUGUUCAAGUUUGUACAAGGAGCCGCGCAUUUGUGGGACUUACACGAGAUCGGGUUGGCUAGACAAGAAAGAAACCUUCAGGAACUGUUGGAGAAGAAUCGUAGAGACCAUGAUGGUGCAAAUCAAGUAAAAGAAGCCAAUUUGGAUAUCAUCAUGGACAAAAUGAGACAAGAUUCAAGUGAGCAGACACUAAAAUAUAGCUUGGAAAAGGCGCUUUCAGCUCUGGAUGAAAUAAAAACACUGUAUAACGAUUUUCACACCCUUCAAAUGCGGACGUCAAGUUCUUAUUCCGAUUUAGUCAACGAAGAACUGACGAAAUAUGACGGUGAAGUGUGCAAGUAUUUUCAAGUGGACAGGAGACCAUCAAUGUCUGAACCAAAACCAAAGAAGAAAGAUUUCAAUUCGGGGAAACCAGAACAGAGCAAGGCAAAGAAGAAAACUACUCCUGCGCAGUCUAUCGAAGAUGUACUCACAACCUCGAAUGGCACCACGUUCUACAUUCUAGUGGAGCCAGGUGAACACGGCCUUCUAGGGAGUCCGGAGAGCAUUAAGAGUAUGAAGACGUGUAUAACCUUUAUUACGGAUACACAAGAAGAGUACGAAGAAGAAGACAUUUUACCGCCUUAUAUUGAGGCCAUCGUGAUCAAGGAAGAACUUUUCUUGGAUCUUAGAAAACACAUAAGAAUGGAGUUCUUGGAACAUUUGGAGGAAUGGAAGAUUCAAGCCGUGGACAGAGCAAAUAGUGUUGUAGCGGCUAAGAUUGAGGAGUUGAACAGCGAGUUAGAUUUACGACUUCAUCUUCAUGAGCCGAGAGCAUCCAGAGCUGAGCAGGAUGUGCAUAAUGUUAGAGCAGCGGAAUUGGUGAUGCAUCGUGAGCGGGUUGAACGUCAUUGUAGAGGAGUUACUACCUCAUUGAACGAGUUCAAAGCUAGGUUCCAACAGAUGGUAGAAGAACACGAUAAAGAGACGGACAUUUUUAAACAUUCUGUUCAAGAACUCGAAGCAACAUUUACAUCCGCGACUAAAACUCAUGAACUCUUGGUGAUACAAGAUCAAGUAACUGGGCGGGUUGAGCAAUACAUGGAUGUGAUCAGAACUUCCCUCAGAAAGUUCCGUCACGAUCUGGACGAUAUGCUGAGCACUCUACGGAAUUCAAAUGCAAGAUUCAGGAAGACUUUCAAGGUAUUCUCUGAUGGUGGAAAUUUUUCGACGGAUGAAGUAGAUGAGUACAGAAAGAAACUAGAGCGUAUGGCGAGUAAGAUCGACUCGUCUGAAGGAUCCUUCAUGGCUGAAUUAGAGGGAAUGGAGUCAAAAAGACUAGAGGCAGCAUGUGACUAUGCUGGCAAGCUGGAGGAUAGAUUUAAAAAUCAUUUGUUUGACUUAACAUUCAUGGAAAAAGUAACAAGGUGGCUCACAAACACGCAAGUCAAAGUCAAAAGUGAGGUCGCAUUUAGUAAUUCUCAAGCGAAAAAGCUCGCAAUUUAUUUGUCCACCUUUGAACGCCACAUUGAUGCAGUUGAAAAGCCAAAUCUUGACAAAGAGCAAGUGACAGCCCGUGAUGUACAAAGCAGCUUGAUCCCAAUCCUCCAAACAUUCCAUGAGAGGUCAUUGUACUUGAAUUGUCUUCUAAACCCCGCCACGCCUAGUUUGGCGAUUCUGCAGGCCGGCCUUAAGAGAAAAGAGGAUAAAAAAGAAGAAGAGAGGAAGGAAGACAAAGGAUCAAAGGGAAAACUCAAGUUACUUAGCCACAAGCUUUCAGAUCAGGAUAAACAGUCAAGACAGAGGACCAUUUGUCGAAAAGUAAGUGCGUCCAGACGGGAUCCUCAGGGACCCAGAUACGACAAGAAAUACCUGGUGUUUGGUGACAAGAUGGAAGAGGGAAGGUACUUAAUGGCUCGUAUCAGAAACACAUUGAGGGAAGGCCUGGAGGGUUUAUUGGCUACUUCUGAGAUGUAUUAUCGCCAGAAAGGCCAGCGGACUCCAACUCGGCCCCAGGCCAUUCAUGAGAAUUUUGAUCUGUGCGCCGAAGCAUUGGUUCAACGGUUGACUUCCUAUAAGACUCAGGCUGAGGAAUAUCACAACUCAUGUAUUCAAGAACUUCGCACCCAGAUGCAGAAGUUUUCAGUAAUUUUAGUUCACCUCCCACCCCUAGUGGUGCAGAUAAUUGUCACUGAUCAGGUCAGGGACUUGGAGAAAGAGAGGAAAACAUUAGAGGAAGACUAUGAAGUCAGAGUUCAAGAACUAGAGAGGAGAAAGAAUUUACAUCAAUCUCAACUGCGACCAUCUUUGGGCCAUCCACACAACAGGACCGAGAUGGACACAUUGUGUAGCAGCGAGGAGAGAAGAAGACAGGAGGCCCUGGAUGGAGCUAAACAACAUGCAGAGGCAUUAGCGAAACUUGAAGCUCAGUUUGCAAGCUCGUUUAUUGAGAAACUAGCACAGACUUGUGAGACCAUGUUACUACAGUUUGAUGCAGUUCUCUCCCUUGAAGACGUCGAAGUGGCAAAGGUCGAACCCAAACCAAUGAGCACCAAAAGAUUACUCAGAGAAAAAUUGGUCGGCGAUGACGACGGAAAAGAUAAGUUAGCGCCUUUCCCGUCUGGUGGUACAUCUUGGGAAGGACUGCCAACGAACGAACUUGUGCUCGAAGAACCAAUUGACAAGAAGAAUAGAACUCCCACUGUAAAGACUGUUAAGACAACGCAAGGACACGUAGCUGUAAUAAAAUCCCGCAACAAAGCAUAUGAGGGUUACAAAGAAAAGUUUGAUGCUCGACUGACGGCCAUACGAGAAGAAAUGGAUGCACGGAUACAAAACGAAGAACGAUGGACAAGAAGUUGGCAACGAUCAAUCAAUAAAAUAAAAGAACUUUAUUAGGAUGGUUUCCUCCAGUUACGGUCGAUUUGUGAUUUUAUUUUAUAACAGUUUUUACGUUAAAGACUGUUUGUUUUACAUCGCCAAAAAGAUAAAAAGCAAUUGAAGUGAGAAAAGGCGAUAUUCAUAGGGAUCUGUGUCGUUGAAGAUGUAUAUAACCUGAAGUUUUCAACUUGUCAUUCGCAACCGCUGUUUACUUUUAUCAUCCUUGCCCAUCUUCUUUUCUUGUUGUUUUUAUUCUUACCUCCCUGAUGCUAAUCUUCACAAAAAUAAACUUCCAUUUCAAGAUUUAAUCCAUUUGUUCAAAUUAUCAAGACUACUUUCACUACUUUUCAUUCUGAAUAAGCUUUAUUUGUAGAAUUGAUUUCCUGUACAGGUAUUCAUCGCCGUGAACGUUUGAAAUGAUGACUGUAAAAAAUGUAAAUAAACCUUUCAUUUGAUCGGUGAA